CUUUAGGGACAUUUGAAGAGACUUCUUCUAGUUAGGGAGUACACUAUCUAUUUGUUAGUUUCAUAGGUUACUUUCAGUGAACAAGCUAGUGAGCAUAUAUGCAAUUGAGUUCUCCAUUCUCUCUAUAUAUAUAUUUAGCCCCCUUUGCUCACUAGUUGUAAACUGCAAAAAUGACCAAGAACAAUAUUCUUAUUCAUAUGUUAUUUUGCAGGGCAAGUGAGGCUUCUGAUAUGAGUCUCAUAGUCUGAGUCCUUAGCUGAUCUAUCAACAAAAGAUACUAGAUGAAGCCAUAUUUAGUUUGUGCAACUGUUCUUUUUCUGUCAUUCCUUUGCCACUCUAUAGCUGAUCUCAGUUCGGACAAACAAGCCCUUCUUGACUUCAUUUCAGUUGUUCCUCAUGGCCGAAAAGUUAACUGGGAUUCUACUACGCCAGUCUGCAAUACUUGGGUUGGCAUCACCUGUACCUUGAAUGGCACACGUGUGCUUGCUGUUCGACUCCCUGGUGUUGGUCUCUAUGGUCAAAUUCCAUCAAACACUCUUGGCAAGCUGGAUGCUCUCAUGGUCCUUAGCCUUCGCUCUAACCUCCUUAGUGGGAGUCUUCCAUCUGAUAUUUUCUCCCUUCCAUCCUUACGCUACAUAUACCUUCACAACAACAAUCUUACAGGUAGUAUUCCCUCUUCUCUGCCUCCCAACCUCACCGUACUAGAUUUGUCUUCCAACUCUCUCACUGGCAGCAUUCCAGCCACUAUCCAAAAUUUAACGCAUCUCAACGGGCUGAACCUUCAAAACAAUUACCUCAGUGGACCUGUUCCUGACAUAAACAUUCCAAAGCUGAAGUCUUUGAAUUUAAGCUACAACCACCUUAAUGGUUCAAUUCCUCCUCCCCUUGAAAGGUUCCCCACUUCUUCCUUUGAAGGAAACUUGAUGUUAUGUGGGGCGCCACUAAAACAGUGUGCUUCAGUCACUCCAUCACCUUCUCCAUCCCCCAACCGUCAACCACCAGGCUCAAUAGUCCCAUCCGAACCAGAGAAAGGAUCUAAGAUGAAACUAAGUGUCGGGGCUAUCAUUGCCAUUGCAUGUGGUGGUUUUGCAGUGUUGUUUCUCUCAGUUCUAAUAGUGGUGCUGUGCUGUUUGAAGAGGAAAAACAGCAAAGGCGGUGCUAUAGUUAAAACAAAAGGUGGAAGGAGUGAGCCGCCAAAGGAGGACUUUGGAAGUGGGGUGCAAGAGGCUGAGAAGAACAAACUGGUUUUCUUUGAAGGCAGUUCUUAUAAUUUUGAUCUUGAGGAUUUACUAAGAGCUUCGGCUGAAGUGCUUGGAAAGGGGAGUUAUGGGACUACUUACAAGGCCAUCCUAGAGGAGGGGACAACAGUGGUUGUAAAAAGAAUGAAAGAAGUGGUUGUGGGGAAAAGGGAAUUUGAACAGCUAAUGGAGAAUGCCGGGAAAAUUAGUCGGCACUCAAAUGUUGUGCCCCUUCGUGCUUAUUACUACUCCAAAGAUGAAAAGCUCCUGGUUUAUGACUACAUUGCAGCUGGUAGCUUUGCUGCAUUAUUGCAUGGACACAGGGAAAGUGGACAUAAUGGACCGGAUUGGGAAACCAGACUUAAGAUUGCCCUUGGAAGUGCAAAAGGCCUUGCUCAUAUCCACUCGUCUGGUGGAGGGAAAUUCAUCCAUGGAAACAUCAAGUCCUCCAACAUCCUUAUCACACAAGACCUUAAUGGUUGUAUCUCAGACUUUGGCUUAACACCUCUCAUGAACUUUGCAACUAUACCUUCCAGAAGUGUAGGCUAUCGAGCUCCUGAGGUGAUUGAAGCUCGAAAAUCAUUCCAAAAGUCCGACGUUUAUAGUUUUGGUGUGCUGCUCCUGGAGAUGCUCACAGGCAAAGCACCAGUGCAGUCACCAGGGCGUGAUGAUGUUGUGGAUCUUCCGAGGUGGGUACAGUCUGUUGUUCGAGAGGAAUGGACAGCAGAGGUGUUUGAUGUAGAGCUAAUGAGAUUCCAAAAUAUUGAAGAAGAGUUGGUACAGAUGCUUCAAAUAGCAAUGGCAUGUGUGCAAAAUGUACCAGACUUGAGGCCUACUAUGGAGGAAGUUGUUAAGAUGAUCGAGGAUAUCAGGCCACCGGAUUCUGAGAACCGGCCAUCAUCAGACGAUAACAAGUCCAAGAGCUCAAAUACUCAGACUCCAUGAUUCUCGCAUCAAUAUUCUGAAACUUCUUUCCCUAGAAGCUCCAGCCUGCAUGAGCCAAGCAAUUCAUGAAUCCUUUUCUAACUGUCAUAUAUGCCGCAUUUGUGAUUCUUUGUAGAGCCCUACUGUAAAGGUUCAUAGCGUCUGUUUUUCUUUUUCUAGUGUGAAUUCGUGAUUAGCAUGACAGAGAAGUUUUUAAAC